AUGCCUCUGCGCCUUGACGUUAAGCGCAAAUUAUCCGUUCGAUCAGAUCGUGUUAAAUGUGUUGAUAUACAUCCUAAUGAACCAUGGAUCUUAGUAACACUUUAUAAUGGUCAUGCGCACAUUUAUAAUCAUGAAACUCAACAAUUAAUUAAAACAUUUGAAAUAUGUGAUGUACCUGUUCGUGCCGGCAAAUUUAUUGUUCGAAAAAAUUGGGCAGUUACUGCAUCUGAUGAUAUGCUUGUACGUGUUUAUAAUUAUAAUACACUUGAACGGCUACAUCAAUUUGAAGCACAUAGUGAUUAUAUUCGUUCAGUUGCUGUUCAUCCAACACAACCCUAUAUUCUUACUAGUAGUGAUGAUAUGACAAUUAAAUUAUGGGAUUGGGAUGCUAAAUGGGCACUCAAACAAACUUUUGAAGGACAUAUUCAUUAUGUUAUGCAAAUAGCUAUUAAUCCAAAAGAUAAUAAUACAUUUGCAUCAGCUUCACUUGAUCGUACUGUCAAGGUAUGGCAAUUAGGAUCUACUCAAGCAAAUUUUACUCUUGAAGGUCAUGAUAAAGGUGUUAAUUGUGUUGAUUAUUACUCAGGUGGUGAUAAACCUUAUCUUGUUUCGGGUGGUGAUGAUCGCCUUGUUAAAAUUUGGGAUUAUCAAAACAAAACAUGUGUACAAACAUUAGAAGGACAUUCACAAAAUGUUGGUUGUGUUGCCUUUCAUCCUGAAUUACCUAUUAUAUUAAGUGGUUCAGAAGAUGGUACUGUUAAAUUAUGGCAUUCAAAUACAUAUCGUCUUGAAUCAACACUUAAUUAUGGUCUUGAAAGAUGUUGGGCUAUAGCAUGUUUAAAAGGAUCAAAUAAUGUUGCACUUGGUUAUGAUGAAGGAACAAUGAUGAUUAAAUUGGGUCGAGAAGAACCAGCUAUGUCAAUGGAUGCAUCAACUGGCAAAAUAGUUUGGGCAAAACAUUGUGAAAUUCAACAAGUUAAUUUAAAACAAUUAACCAGUGAUCAACAAUUAAAAGAUGGAGAAAAAGUACCAUUAAAUAUAAAAGAAAUGGGUAGUUGUGAAAUAUAUCCUCAAACAUUAUCACAUUCACCAAAUGGACGAUUUAUUGUUGUUUGUGGUGAUGGUGAAUAUAUUAUUUAUACAGCAAUAACAUUACGUAAUAAAAGUUAUGGUAAUGCAAUGGAAUUUGUUUGGUCACAAGAUUCAUCGGAAUACGCUGUACGUGAUGGAAAUAUGGUUAAAAUAUUUAAAAAUUUUAAAGAAAAAAAAACUUUUAAACCGGAAGCUGGUGCUGAAAAUAUUUUUGGUGGAUCACUUUUAGGUGUUCGAUCUUAUUCAGGUUUAACAUUUUAUGAUUGGGAUACAUUAAGUUUAAUUCGACGUAUUGAAAUUGUUCCAAAAACUAUUUAUUGGAGUCAAAAUGGUGAAUUAGCUUGUAUUGCAACAGAAGAAUCAUAUUAUAUUCUUCGUUAUAGUCCUCAAGCUGUAGCAGCUGCUAUGACAAAUAGAGAGCUUGUAUCCGAAGAUGGAAUUGAAGAUGCAUUUGAUACUGCUGUUGCCAUGCUGGUUCAAUCAAAUGAACACAUAGGUCAACUUCAACGUGAACAUGAACAACAUCUUCUGAAAGAACAACAAUCAACGCAAUGGAAUUUCACAUUAGAAUUAACAAAACGAGCAGAGUACUUCAGUGAAAAACAACGAAAAGAAGAUCGUGAUUGGAAUCAAUUAAAUGCUGAAUUGAAUCGAAAUCUCACUGCAACACAUCAUCAAAAAGAGUUCGAAUUUCGUGAGACAGUCGAACUCGUUGCCCAACGAGUUAUAGCUCAAGAAAGACAACAACAUGAAUGGAUAUUGGAACAAUAUCGUUCUCAACGAAUAGAAGAACAUCACCGGCAAGAACAAUUUCGUCAGGAUGAGCAUGAUCUUGAUAAAUUUCUCGAUGCAUACAAUUUAACUCGUGAAUCUAUGCCACUGCUUCAACGAAAAGUGUUGAGUUUAUUACGUCGAUUCGGUAUUCCACACAAAACUCUUCUCAUUCAAAUUCUCAACGAUGCAAAUCUUCUUCGAGAUAACGAUACUGAUCUUCCAGGACGACGAAUUAGUUUGGCAGGAGUCAAUUUGAAUGGAAUUCAACUGGGAAGCAAAGAUGAAAGUUUUUGUCCCAGUCAGUAUUUUGAUCAACUUGAUCUUAACCACGCCACACUAAUUGGUGCGUCUUUUGAUUGUCUGUCACUUCGUAAUACAUCUUUCAAAUCGACCAAUCUGACUGAUGCUUCUCUCACUCGUUCCGAUAUUCGUGACAGCAGGUUCUCUAGUGCUAAACUUCAUAAUACCAGUUUUCAGGAAGCCAACUUGGACGGAGGCGUCUUCAACCUUGGCUCACUUGUUGGUGCCAAUUUUCGACAAGCUUCACUUAUUAAUGUGAGCCUAACCUUCGCUGACGCUAUUGAGACUGACUUUAGUGAAGCCAACCUCUACAAAGCUGUCCUCUCAUAUUUUCAAUCGAAUGGAGUCAAUUUCGAGCGUGCCAAUCUUCAUAAAGCGAAAUUGGAAGGUGCAACAUUGGUACAUGCUAACUUUUAUCAAGCUAAAGGUGCUGAGAAUAACUUUCGGGUUACCAAUAUAACGGAUGCUAUCUUUCGACAGGCACACUUUAUUCAGUCCAAUUUUUACGGAGCCGAAGGUAAUCGAACUGACUUCUCAAAGGCCAUUCUUGAUGACAGUGAAUUUCUCAAUGUCAAAUUGGAAGAAGCUAUUUUCGAAGAUGCCAGUAUGGCUAGAGUCAGUAUGCAAACGGCUCAGUUAGUUCGGAGUAACUUUCAUGGUGCUUCACUCGGCCAAUCGACGCUUUCUUUUGCAACAUUCAACAAGAGCAAUUUCUCUAAUGCAAUUCUAGAUGAUAGCAUCCUUGCUGCUAUUCGUGUUUAUAACACUACCUUUGAAAAUGCUAGCAUGAACAGAGUCCAGCUAGCCUCUGGCACAUUCAUCAAUUGCAAUUUUCGUCGUGCCUCAUUUAUCGAAGCUAGUUUCUCUAUAGCUGACUUGACCGGAUCCGAUUUUUCCGAAAGUAAUCUCAAUGAAUCAAAAUUUCUCUUAGAAAGUCAACUCAAUCAAGUCUUCUCCAUAUCCAAGGCCAUUUUACCCGAUGGAUCGAUCGGCAAGAAUAAAAAUCUCAUUCGAAACGGAAAUCCAACAUGUGAUGAGUCAAUGAUAAUGAAUAUUUCCCAAUGGACAGUACCUGUUCAAGGAUCAAUUAUUAUUAUGCCGCAAGUUAAUGAUGGUAAUUGUGUCUUUCAAGCGACAACAUCGAAUAUCACUCACCUGAUUCAAUCAGUCGAUGUCAGUCAUUAUGUGAAACGAAUGAUGAAUGCCGGUUUGACAUAUGUCUUGCUCGAAGCUGAUAUCAUCACGAAUAAUAUCAAUGUUAAUCUUCGUUUCUUCAAUUCAACCGACAAUCUCAUCGAUGAAGGUAUUCAUGACCUUGUAGUUUCAUUUUGA